AUGAAACUCACUCCUUACUUCACCUUCUCAAUAUGGUUUCUCAUCCAAGGCCUUAUAGUUGAGGCCGGAAACAAUGAUAUGAAAAAAAAGUACAUUAAAUCGUCAUCGUUGCUGACAUGUAUGGAAAAUUCAGAAUUCAGUUCCAGCUAUUUUGAUGUCACCUUUUAUCCUGACAACAGCACCGUUGUGAUUGACAUCGAUGGAAAUUCCCUUAUUAGUGGUUACGUUACCGCAGACUUGUCGCUUGUUGUUUACGGUUUGAACGUCUACUCUACCACGGUUGACUUAUGUUCUUUGGACUACGCAACACUGUGUCCGAUAUCCUCAGGAAGACUUAGUAUCAGUGGAUACAGUUACAAAAUUACAAGUGACAUGAUCAACAAGAUUCCGAGUAUUGCUUACACCAUUCCGGACUUGGACGCUUACGUCAAAGUUGUGGCGUACUCCACUAACGACACUUCCAAGGCCUCACCGUUGGCAUGUGUGAAGGCCGUUUUGAGUAACGGAAAAACCGUGCAAACCAGAUACGCCGGAUGGCCCAUAGCUAUCAUUUCUGGGUUUGGUCUGGUUGUGUCCUCAUUUGUUUCGAUUCUUGGACACUCCGCUACGGCUGCACACAUUGCUUCUAAUGCAGCUUCUUUAUUCAUUUACUUCCAAAACCUUGCUAUCAUGUCCAUGAUGGGUGUGGCUUUAGUGCCCCCUAUCGCUGCCUCUUGGGCUCAAAACUUCAUGUGGUCUUUGGGUAUCAUAAAAGUUAAAUUCAUGCAAAGCAUUAUCUUCUGGUAUGUGCAAGCAACUGGUGGAAGUGUUACAUCGAUUUUGCGCAGCAAAUCAGUUAUUUCGAUCUCUGUCCAGAAAAUGCUCAAACAACUCAAACUUGUCAAGCGACUGAGUGUUGAAAGCUCGGAUUCCAUGGCCGACGUCUUGGACGACUCUGACCUUUACACGACAGACGAAUCGGACGUGGGUUCCAAGACGCUGAUUUUGAGGGGAGUUCAAAGAGUGGCAUAUUUGUCAGGAAUUGAAAUAUCGAACUUCUUCAUGACUGGUGUGAUCUUUUUCCUUUUUGUUGGAUUCGUGUUACUUGUUCUUACAUCUCUGUUUAAGGGAGUUUGCGAACUCAUGGCAAGGACCGGCGUUAUCAAGGGCAACAAGCUGAUAGGUUUCAGAAAGAAUUACAGAUCAGUCAUCAAGGGAUGUCUGUACCGACUUUACAACAUCACGUUCCCAGCAUUGACAUUGCUGUGUAUUUGGGAGUUCACUAGAGUUGAUUCUGCUGGCUGCGUCGUUUUUGCUGUCGCAAUCUUAGCCAUAUCCUUGAUUUUGAUGGUAUAUGCAGCUGUUAUGAUAUUGAUAUCUGGCUCAAGAUCUACAAGAAAGUUCAAAAAUCCGGCGUAUUUGCUGUUCGGAGACGAAAAGAUUCUGCACAAAUUUGGAUUUUUGUACGCUCAGUACAAGGCUAACAAUUAUUACUGGGUUACCGUCCAUCUAGUUUAUCUGUUUGUGAGGGCUUUAUUCAUUGCGGUUUUACAGAACCAUGGGAAAGCCGUUGCUGUCAUCGUCUUUGCGAUGGAGCUUUUCUACUGCAUUGGCUUGAUAGUCAAGAGGCCAUUUAUGGACAAAAGAACCAAUAUUUUCAACAUUUUCAUUGCCGUGAUCAACGUGGUCAAUUCUAUUUUCUACCUGUUCUUUUCGAACAUUUUCAAACAACCGGCUGCCGUUUCCUCUGUCGCUGCUGUUGUUUAUUUCAUUUUGAAUGCUAUUUUCGCUGCAAUUCUUCUGAUUUUCACAAUUGUCACAUGCACAUUGGCUCUCAUUAGGAAGAAUCCAGAUACUAGGUAUGAGCCUAUCAAGGAUGACAGGCUUGCUUUCAUACCAAAUGAAAGAGGCGAAGGAGGCAAAGUCGAAUAUGAGUUGGCUGCCCUUGGAGCCACAGCCAUGAGAGGCCAUGAUAGAAACUCGUACCUUAUUGAGAACCAAUCAGGGAGCAACGCGGGGCUAGCACCAAGCCCAGAGCAGAAAAUGAGCGACAGCACCAGUGGUAGCAGCGUGAAUCCAUUUUCGAACGCAAAUGAAGACGAACAUAGCAGAAACUCUUUUAUAUUUAAAGCGGCCGCUAACAACUCUGCCCACUCCUCUAUGGCCCAAACGAAAAACGAAGGAGGCAACUUCAACAUGGAUGCUGGGCAAGGUUAUACCAACUAUCGCCGAAGGGAUCUUCUUUAG